GAAUAAAGAAUUGGAUGAAGCGUUAAUUGGGUGGGUAAGACUUCAACAGGCUGAUAAUAUUCCAAUUAACGGACCGAUACUUAAGGUUUUUUAUUUAAAGUUUUAUUUUCUAAUUGAGUCGGGUUAUUCCUCUGAUGAAUUGACAUUUUUGGAGUUUUUGAGGGUCCGUGGUUAGGAAAAAGCCUUGGAAAUGUCCAAGAUUUUGAUGGGAGAGUCUUCAACUUUUGCUGCCAGUGAUGGAUGGCUUUCACGAUUUAAAGAACGUCACGCUAUUACAUUCAAUAAAAUUAUAAAGUUGGAGGAAGGGGAAGCUGUGGAUAUGCAACAAUUUGAAGAUUCUGGGCUUGAAGGAAUUUUUCAGAACAAUAAUCCAAAUCUAACUCCAAAACGUCAAAAAAUUUCUAUUGAACUAAAAAAGCAAAUAAUUGAUUAUUACUUGGCAAAUCCAAAAACAUCUUUAAAACAAAUAGCAGAAGAAUUUAGCAAUUUUAAUAUUUUACUUAAAAAAUCAAGUAUUCACUCAAUUCUUAAAAACAAACAAAAUAUUAUUGCUGCAAUAAAUAAUGGAAUAAAAAUUAAACGUUCACAUUUAACAAAAGGAAGGCAUGCAAAUUUUGAUGAUGCUCUUUUAAAUUGGAUUAGACAAGUUAGGGCUGAAAAUGUUGUUAUUACUGGAACUUUAUUGAAGCGAUGGAAAUGGCUAAUUUAA